CAUGGCGUGCGGACGUUUGUAAGUGCGACUACUUCUGCAAAGGAACUCGCUCGUUUCGACGGAUUAAGAACUAAACCGUACCGAAGUGUUCGUGGGUUGGUGCUGUACUCACGUACUUACAAGUGACUUUGAUAUCUACUUUGACAAUUGAAAGUGAACUUUUCAGACGUUUCAGUGUUUGCGGAUGCCCCGUACGGGGAUUGUAUUCAUUCCGAGAAGCUGAAACUAAUGGAUCCCAACAAGAAGAGCUGAGCUCGUGAAACAUGACGCGGGCCGCCAUUAUGUUUUGGCGCGAAAUGUCAAUCGCUGUCAUUUUUGUUCUUUUGGCAAUGGCUUGCAAGUGUACGGCCCGGGACAUCAAUUUAGAUGAAUCAAAUACCAUUUAUGAAGCCUCCACAAACGAGAACAUCCGCCUGGCUUGUGGGCCGAAGCCACGGGGCCAGGUACAGACCAUCAAGUGGUACAAAGAUGGCCGACCACUCGAGCUCCAUGGACGAUUUAUACAACAGAGGCAGUGGUUGAGAAUAAAAUCGUUUAGAGCCAAAGACGCUGGUUUAUAUUCUUGCAUCAAUGAAGCUAACGACUUGAAGGAAUAUAAUGUUACUAUCAAGCUCAAAGCCGAUGUCUACGAUAUAGAAGAAUUUCAAGGCGAUGCUGCGAAAAUUGUAGAACAAAACCAAGCAGCGGCACUGGUAGAGAACAACACGAUUGAAGAAACUGCUACGAUAAAGAAAACGGUUAAAAGAAAUGCAACAAAGAUCAAUGACAAUAAUAACGAUUCUGACGAUGAAAAGAAAGAGGACGAUCAUGCUGGUUACAUAGAUAAUACAAAAAAUAAGUUUGCACCCAAAUUUAAACACCCAUCUAAAUUAUAUAAAAUAGACAUGAAACCUGCGGGGAGCUCCAUUCAGUUGAAAUGUGCUGCUGAUGGAAAUCCCAUGCCUAAUAUAACAUGGUUUAAAAACAACGGCUCUAUAGAACGGUCUUAUUUCCGACCGAAAUUCGGAAAAUGGUGGAUGUCUCUUGAAGAAUUAUCAAAAACGGACAACGGCAACUACACAUGCCUCAUAUGCAAUGAAUUGGGCUGCAUCAGUCAUACGGUUAAUCUUCAAGUACAAGAGCGAUAUCCAUCGAAGCCUUACAUAAAAGAAGGACAACCAGGAAAUAUAACUGCUGUGGUAAACGAUACUGUAACACUGGCUUGCCCGCCUAUAUCAGACUUGGAACCAUUCUUAUACUGGCUAAAGGCCUAUGAUAAUUUCACCGUAGUUGACGGAGAAGUUGGACCUAACGACCAAACUAUACCAAACGGAUAUGAAAUUCAGAGUGAUGAUCCGGAAGACAAACCAGAAAUGCUGACCAUAUUUAACGUCACUCAAGAAGACCAGGGUUGGUAUAUUUGCGUCGCCAAGAAUACUUUGGGACAAGCGACAGCUAAAGGAUAUCUGACUGUCUUGGAAUCGAUGCCAGUUCCCGUAGUACCAGAACACGCGGGGAAGCACACUCUCCUCGUCAAUAUCCUGACGGCUGUACUUGGCGCUAUGUUCUUUGUCGCUGCCAUAAUAGUCGUAAUGAUAUUCAAGAAGCUCAAACAAGAAAAGAUUAAGAAGCAACUUGCCAUGGAGACUGCGAGGGCAGUCAUAGUGACGCAUUGGACAAAGAAGAUUACAGUAGAAAAACCUCAGAUAGAUGGUUCACCUAGCAGCGCUGAAGAAGCUUUGUUGAUGCCUGUGGUGAAAAUCGAGAAACAGAAACUGCAACAGGUGCAAAGUAACACAAGCGAUUCUAUGGUGAUGUCUGAGUACGAACUGCCGGUAGAUAUCGACUGGGAGGUUCCCAGAGAAACACUAUCGUUGGGAAAAAUAUUAGGAGAAGGUGAAUUUGGAAAAGUGGUAAAAGCAGAAUGUGUUGGUAUUUUGAAACCAGGUGUUCAUUCGGUGGUAGCUGUUAAAAUGUUAAAAGAGGGGCAUACUGAUGCUGAAAUGAUGGCGUUAGUGUCAGAGAUGGAAAUGAUGAAGAUGAUAGGAAAGCAUGUAAAUAUUAUCAACUUGCUGGGUUGUUGCACUCAAGAAGGCCCGCUGUACGUCAUUGUAGAGUACGCGCCCAAUGGCAACUUAAGGGAAUUCUUGAGAAACCACAGGCCCGGCAACAGGUACGAAUCACCAACAGAAGAUCUCAAAGAUAAGAAAACUCUUACGCAAAAGGACCUGGUAUCAUUUUCAUAUCAAGUGGCAAGGGGAAUGGAAUAUUUAGCAUCAAGAAGAUGCAUUCAUCGAGAUUUAGCUGCACGCAACGUUCUCGUCUCUGACGACUGCGUGCUCAAGAUCGCAGACUUUGGGCUCGCAAAAGACGUCCAAAGCAACGACUAUUAUAGAAAAAAGACUGAAGGCAGGUUGCCUGUGCGGUGGAUGGCCCCGGAAUCCCUUUACCAUAAGGUGUUUACUACGCAAACUGACGUGUGGUCAUUUGGCGUGCUAUUAUGGGAGAUCAUGACUCUCGGCGGGACACCGUACCCCACGGUGGCAGGACAGUAUAUGUACCAGCACCUGAGCGCUGGACAUCGCAUGGAAAAGCCACCAUGCUGUAGUCUUGAAAUUUACAUGUUGAUGCGCGACUGCUGGUCCUUCAAACCAGAUGACCGACCGUCCUUCGCAGAGCUGGUAGAAUACUUGGACAAGAUCCUUACAGUGACUGCUAACCAGGAGUACCUAGACCUCGGCCUGCCGCAGCUGGACACGCCUCCAUCCAGUUACGACGGAUCUUCAGAUGAAGAGAGUGAUAGUGAAUUUCCAUUUAUUAACAAUUAACGAAAUGUGACUAUUAGUGGAGUAAAGGACAUAAACAAAUUAUCCAACCUUCAGUAGGUUGAGAGAUUAAAUGCUUUGCACAGCUCGCAGCAACACCAAUUGAGUGAUUGAGCAUUGUCACUGUGCAGGCGACAACAGCAAAUGUUGACUAUGGUGCAAAUGUUUGAAUCUGUGCUGGCUAUCUUUUGGCAAUUUAUGUUGUUGCUAGACGUCGCAACCUAUCUGCCUUUAUUAUUUUUAUCAUUGAUUAAUGAAAGUGUGUAUAUUUUUUCAACAAUUAUACAAGGUGCUCGCGAGGAAUCCAUAUAACUUUAACGGCAUAUUCUUGGUCACAUUUUAAGACUAAAAUGUCAUA